UCUCCCCCCUUCCGUUUUCCCCGUCCAAAACCAAAACCGACGAACGCGACCGAGGAAGCGGAAAAGAAAAUGGCAAAGCCGCCGCCCUCCCCCACCGAUCGGUGAGCACGAUGCGCUGUCCCGCUCGGCCGCGUAGUAUUCUGCCUCGUUAAUCUCUACCUCCCCGAGGCCCGAUUCGAGGAGGCGACUGAUUGCUUCGGUUUGGCCGGCCGGUCGGUUGAUACGAGGGUCCCAAAGGCAGGGUACGGGAAGCUGCAAUGCAGAACUAGGCCCAUCCUGCGUGGUGGCUGUGGCUGUGGCUGUCCGGGCUGUAUGAUAGAUGCAUGAACCGGGGGAAUUGGCUGUUGCUUUAGCUUGGUCGGCUGUGGAUUUCGGUGGACUUGUCUUGGCCUAGCGGGGAAUCGAUGGAGGGGAAGAAAAUAAGGGCAGUGGAUGAGAAUGCUCGGUUGAUUUGUGAUGAUGCGCUCACGGAGGUCUUCCACAGGCUGCCUGCACGCUCGCUCGCAUGUUGCAGGCUGGUGUGCAAGUCCUGGCUGUCUGUGCUCUCGGAUCUGCACUUUAUUCACGAGCACCUGAGCCGCGGCCAGCAGAAGCUGCUGCUCUUUGCGAAUGACCGAGUGAAUGAUAGGUCUCUCGCCAUGGUGCUUGCGGACGACAAGGAAUCCAUGUACCAGCUGUCGAGGCCCAUGGCUUCUCGGAGCAUCUUUGUGCACAAUUCUUGCAAUGGCCUGCUGUGCUUAGGUGACAGUACAGGAGCUGUGGAGCUGCUGAACCCAAUGACUGGUGAAUCUCUUGUGUUGCCAAUGCCAAUGUACACGGCUGGGAGCAGCCAGUUCUCAUCCUGUAAUUGGCACUGCUUGGGGUUUUGCCCAGGGACUAAGGAACACAAAGUUGUGCAUUUCUAUCCAGGAGCUCAUAUUGAUUCUUUCAAGAUGCUCUAUGAGAUAUACACAAUUGGAGAUAAAGUCUGGAGACAAGUUGGGAGUUUUCAUGGGGCUCCAACAGAUAGAGGGGUGCAUGUGAAUGGAACAGUGUACUAUCUGACGAAGUUCCGCUACAUUGCUUCAUCACGUAUCAAUUGUUUGAAUCUUGAGAGUGAAAAAAUUGAUGUGAUGAUGCUUCCUCCACGCGAGUCUUAUGGAGGGCAUUGCUCUUUGACAGAGCUUGAGGGAAGGCUAUGCUUGUUAGUUGUGGAUGGUGCACUUGAAGGUCCACCUCGUACAAUGGACAUAUUGAUGCUCAAUAGCGAUGAUAAGCAGAGGUGGACUCCCAGAUACCACUUAUCCUUGCCUUGGUUGAUGCCUACAUGUUAUUUUACUCCAAAACACACUCUCUUCCAUGAUGGGAAAAUUUGGGUGCAGUUGUUGGCUAGGAACCUCUACUGUUAUGAUCCAAGUUCAAGCUCAGAAGAACUGAAGAUGGCCUGGCCAGAGCUUGACUUUCCAUUUAGCACACAUACUUUCAUUGAAAGCAUAGUUCCUCUGCGUAAAGACUAUUUUAUCAAGCAAAUACAGUGACAGUGGUGUUCUCCUCUUUUAUUUUGAUGAUUUUGAGAUUACAGCAUUACAUAUCUUAUUGUUUCUUUUCUUUUCAUGAACCAAGCUGUUAGUCAGCUUAAGGUGAUGUGUUACUCUGGAUUCUAAUUAGUGAUAAUAAAUGCAAUCUCCAAACACUCCUAACAA